CCAUCAUUUGCCUCUUGGUCUUCUCUCUACCUUUUGAGAGAAGUGCCAAAUUCAGAAAAACAAACAAACAAAAAAACCCUAACAUUCUCCUCUCUACAAUGGCUCGCUCCAGCGCCGUGGUUUUGGUGAUCAUGGCUGCUCUGUUGGUGGCCUCAACAAGGGCACAAUCCCCUGCAUCGUCACCAUCCAAGUCCCAUGCAGCUUCUCCAUCGAGCACUCCAACAUCAGCUGCUCCUUCUCCGUCUAGCCAUGCACCUAAGGCAGCAUCUUCUGCUUCUCCAUCAAGCUCUCCUAAGGCUGCAUCUUCUGCUUCCCCAUCAAGCUCUCCACCUUUUCCUUCUCCAGUGAGCACUCCACCUUCUUCUUCUCCUUCGAGCACCCCACCUACGGCCUCUCCUUCUCCAUCGAGCACUACACCAACUACCGCUCCCUCUCCAUCGAGCACUUCAACGGAGGCUGCUCCUUCUAGCAAGCCAGCUGCCAACUCUCCGCCUUCUCCUCCCUCGUCUUCCCCUGUGGCCUCUCCAGCGAUUUCUCCCUCUUCGUCUGGAUAUGCUCCUGCACCGGCCCCUAGCGGUGCCGUUUCGAAUAGGUUGGCCGUGGCCGGAUCUCUUGCCAGUGGGGUUUUCGCUGCUGUCUUGGUUAUGUAGAGGGGAACGGACUAAACCCUAAGCCUUAAAUCAUAAAAUAUGUUUCAAUUGUCUAUUUAUUGUAUUUUAUUUAAAUUCUAUGUUGAUAUGAAUA